GAAGGUUGUAGGCGAGGCGAGUUUGAAUUGAGCCAGUUCCGAUUGUGACUAUCAUUUGCGUGUUGUGUGUCUUUCUAUUCUACAAAUGGUCACUUUACUUUAACAUUUUUUUACAUACCUACAGUGAAAAAGGAUAUCUUUGAGUUGAAUUAAGUUUUUCAUUUGUUGAAAUUAAAUUUAAAAGAUAAGAUGAAGUUUGCGAAAAAUAUCGAUUGGCUUUCUCGGCAUAGACAAACAUUUUCAAAAAUAAAAAAAGUUCAACAAAAAAGGAUAUCAAAUGAGACUGGAUUUAUAAUGAAGAAGACACAUAUUGUGGGGGAAAAGUCAUCAGCCAAAAAAAUAAAAUCAGCAAUAAAAGUUAAAAAUCAAACAUUGAAACAUGGAGAAAGAGAAAACUAUUUGUGCAAUGGAAGUUUUCAGGAGGCUAUUGCACCAGUAAUGGUGCUUGCUCAAGUUUUUGGUUUACUGCCGGUUCGAGGUGUAACUUCAAAAUCAGCUGCUGAUCUGUCAUUUUCUUUUAAAAACUUUCGAACCAUGAACAGUGUUUUUGUUGUAAUGUGCUAUACAACUUGUAUGGGACUCACAUACUCUUGGGCUUUGAAACAACAAUUUAAAUUUGAUACAAUUGAAACUAUCAUAUUUUACACAUCAAUAUUUUCAAUAUCAGUUGCUUUUUUCAAUUUGGCUCGUAAAUGGCCUUCAGUUAUGAAACAAUGGGAACUUGUAGAGAGUAAAUUACCUCCAUUACAGUCACAGAUGGAAAAGCGAAAACUUAGUCACCAAAUUAAAAUGAUAACAACUGUUACUUGUGUGCUUUCAUUAAUUGAACACAUAUUGAGUAUGUUAUCAUCGAUUUAUUAUGCAAAUGCGUGUCCAGCUCGUCCUGAUCCUAUUGAAAGUUAUCUCCAAGGGAAUUUUAUUCAAUUAUUUUCAUUUGUUGAUUAUAAUAAUUGGCUUGGAAUGUUUGGAAAAUAUUUAAAUGUACUUUCGACGUUUGCAUGGAAUUUUACGGAUAUUUUCAUAAUGACUGUUAGUGUUGGUUUAUCAUCGGGAUUUCGACAAUUGAAUGCGGAUUUAUUAAAAAUGGCCAGAAAACCAACAACGGAAGCUUAUUGGAUCAACAGUCGUGUAAACUAUCGAAAUCUUUGUAAACUUUGUGACAAAGUUGACGAUGCUGUUUCUUCGAUAACUCUUCUUGGCUUUUCAAAUAAUUUAUAUUUUAUUUGUGGUAAAAUUAUGAAAAGUAUUCAAAAGAAACCAUCUUUUACUCACACUUUAUAUUUUUGGUUUUCCUUAUUCUAUUUACUUGGACGUACUUUGGCGUUGUCUUUAUAUUCAGCAGAUAUUCACGAUGAAUCUCGACGUCCAAUGUUGGUUUUUCGUGCUGUUCCACGGGAAUAUUGGUGCAAGGAGAUAAAAAGAUUUGCUCAGGAAGUUUCAACGGAUCUUGUUGCAUUGUCAGGAAUGAAAUUUUUUCACUUGACUCGAAGUUUGGUAUUGUCUGUGGCUGGGACAAUUGUGACAUAUGAAUUGGUGCUCUUGCAGUUUAACAAAGAAGAAGUUAUAGGUGAUUGCUUUCAAUAAAGUUUAAAAAAUGUUUUUUUUUUUUUUUUAAAUAUAAAUAUAUAAUGUUAAUCCACACAA